AUGGACCCUCAAGGGCCUGGCAAUGGCAGUGGAAAUGGGCCAAACCGCCUCCGCAAGACUCCUACGCUCCAGAUCAACUCCCAGGUCCAGCGAGAACCGCAGAACCCUUUCGCAGACAGCAGCAACAACAUCACGAACCCGUCUUCAGCAAGCAGCACUCUGGCGGGCCCGUCCCCGAUCACUCCACGGGCCCUCAUCUCGCCUCAGCAGCGCACCUUUUCCCCGUCUCCCGUGCCCCCCGACAGUCUCUCCCGCAACGAGUCCACCGAACGCCUCGCCGUGCCGGGACGGUCAAGAGCAUACGUAGACGACUCUUCCCAGGGCUAUCCGUACCCGAAUAUUCGCAGGAGCUCGGCUGGUACAGCAGGCGGGGGGCUGGGAGGCACAGAUUAUACCGGUUUCUCCUCCAGACGGACCAGUUGGAGCUCAGAUGCCGCGAGCCGGCAUGCCAGCUACGGGUACGGCGGAUACACGUACUCCAGCCCCUUUGACGAUUCUCGCGUCCCCUCGAGGGCAGGCAGCAGUGACGACGAGAACGGCAUCACCACCCAGACCGUCACCGAGAAGUUCGCCAUCUUCCCGGACGGAGACCUGAUCGUCUACCCGCACGAUGUCGAAAAGGACGACGAGCUGCAUAACCCGGAUCCCAACGACAAGGAGAGAAAGUGUGAUAUCUGGCACCGUCGUGGCAUCACCAAUAUCGGGGCCUUGAUACUGCUCAUAGGUGGUGUCCUUACCUUGUUCAUCGGAUAUCCUGUAAUAUCGUAUAUACAUGGUUUGACGACCAUCAAGGGCGGGUGUGCCGGAGAUCCCAUGUGUAUUGACGUGGACAUACCGCUGCUGAAGAAUAUAAGGACCGGCCUGAUCGAUCCAGACACGCCAAAGUCUGCCAUGACCAAGAAAUCCGCUGAUGGCAAGGACAUGGAGUUGGUGUGGUAUGACCCUGAUGCUGUAACGACCAAGGAUGGCAAACUCGAGCUCCGCUUCGACGCCUUCCAGAACCACUACCUCAACUACCGCUCUGGCAUGGUCCAGUCCUGGAACCAGCUCUGCUUCACCGGCGGCCGGCUCGAGGCCAGCAUCUCUCUGCCUGGACGAGGCGACGUCUCCGGUCUCUGGCCCGGUUUCUGGGCCAUGGGAAACCUCGGUCGUCCCGGAUAUCCUGCCACCACCGAUGGAAUGUGGCCCUACAGCUACCACGACGAGUGCGAUGCCGGCAUCACCGCCAACCAGAGUGACCCGGGUGGUCUUAGCUUCCUGCCAGGCAUGAGGUUGCCUGCCUGCACCUGCCAGGGUGCCGAUCACCCGACUCCAGGAAAGUCGAGGACCUCGCCCGAGAUAGACGUGAUCGAAGCCAGUGUGCACGCCCUGCACGGUGAAAAGGAGCCAAUUAACGUUAUCGGAGACGUCUCGCAGAGUUGUCAGGUCGCUCCUUUUGAUAUCUGGUACAUGCCCAACUAUGAAUUCACGGAACUCUAUGACCCGAGCAUCACGAUCAUGAACGCCUAUCGAGGCGGCGUGUUCCAGCAGGCCAUCUCGGGCGUGACCAACCUGAACAAUGACUGGUACAACGGCAAGAAGUACCAGGUCUAUGCCUUCGACUACACGCCGGGUGAAAAGGGCGAAAUCACCUGGUACGUCGGCGAGGAGAAGUCCUGGAAACUCGACGCCCGCGCCCUAGGCCCCAAUGGCAAUGUCGGCCAGCGUGUCAUCCCAAAAGAGCCCAUGGCCCUAAUUGCAAACUUGGGUAUGUCCAACAGUUUCGCUGCCCUAAACAUGACCGGCCUCGCGCCGCUGUUUCCGGUAACAAUGCGAAUAGACUAUAUUCGCAUCUAUCAGGAAAAGGGCAAGACGAGCGUCACCUGUGAUCCUCCCGGCAUGGAGACGACAGAAUAUAUAAGAAAACACAAAGAAGUCUACCACAAUCCGAACCUCACCACCUGGAAAAAGAGCCUCCUCGUAUUGCUCUCUUCACCUCCGCGCCUUCCGACAAGCCCUUCCCCCAAAUUCCCCCCUUCAACCGCUAGUUCUGAACCCUGA